UACCCUGAUGUGUUCUCGAAAUCAAGGAUGCAUCGUAUGCAGCCUUGCGCGCCUACGGAAUACGCUUGUCCCAGGAGUCACUGCGGCGCGUCCAUCCAAGUUCGUUCUUCCGAGGCUGCCUCGCAAGAACACAAGUCCGUUCUUUGCGUUCUUGGAAUUAAGCAACGGCCCAGAAGUCUACUGCGCAUGUGCACCGGAAAAAUCGGCGCGUCCAAAACGUGUAGUCGUGAUUACGCAUGCAACGUAGAUGGUAGUGGUGCAGCAACAGUGCAUUACAAAACCGCUAGAACUUGUUAAAGUUGCAACCGUUAGUGCAUGUUCGUAACCUCAGUUCAUCAAAACACAAACAAAUAAACAGUAAGCUCUGUUCACAGAGAAUAAUGACAAGCCUGGCAGAGAAAGGUCCUUCAGAAAGCAGCGUCGAGAUAUGAACAGUGAUUCAGAGGAAGACAUGAUGGUGGAUGACUGGCUAACAGCCAAACAAGAUCUCUAGGACACAUCAGAUGAAGAGCUGAAUGAUGACCUUUUGUGCAGCGAUGAAGAGAACGAAACUAUGAGAUAUCACGAUGAAAACAUUUCCCAACCAAAACUGCAGGCAAUUGCAAAGCCUUUCCUUGUGUGCAGGACCUCACACCUUGCCAAAGACCAAGCCACGUGCGCUGAAGAAGAGCGGACCGAAAUAGAGGUGGACCCUGGUGAAGUUUUAGACAUCGAAAUCAAUGCUCCGUCUGGAGAUGAAUUUCAAAGUGGAGCAGACUUACGAGGGGGUCUCUGUUCUCGUUACAUGCACUCCUCCUGCAGGGAACAGCCUGCCCCAAAGAAGACCUUCACCGGACCCUGCUGCAGUCCUGAGACAAGGUUCCCAGGACAGCAUAUGUUAGAUCAACAACACCCUGCUUCAGUUCUGGACACUAAUCCGCUCCUCGCUGGACAGACUCCCAAGGGGUUUCUUCAACCUCCAGGAUGUGAGAGUGACCCCUGGAGGCUCAGUCCAGCUCUACAGGGACCCAUGAGUCCAUCAAAGUCUGGAAGACCCCAACCCGCACAGGACCCUCUUCAGAAUUAUCCAUCACCUCGGACUGUCCCCUACUUUACUGAUCCCUCUGGAUCCCGGGCACAGAAACCCGCUGUGCUGGUUAGAGCCGUUGCCAGGAUGGGAUCGAGUGCCAAGCCGAUGGCUGUCGCCAGGGGGAUGCCCAUUGCUACAAAGCAGCCAGCAAGUGCCAAGUCUACCAUCUCUGCCAAAACUCCACCAGCGCAGGGGACGGUGGGAAGGAAUGCGGGUCAGAAGGUCAAGGAGGAGCCUCAAACUCCUCCAACUCCUCAAAAACUCCCCGUGAAGCCGCGAAAUAUCAAAAACAAUGAAGAGUGUGGUGAUGAUGGCGAGUUGUAUAGGCAGAGACUGAUGGAGCAGAUGCAACUGAGGAAGGAGAUCUUGGAGCAGAAGGAACGAAGGAGGCGUACGCAGGCCAUAAAGAAGAAGCGCCUCCAGAGAGAUUCCCAGAGAUGCUGGAAAAACAACCAACAUCAACAAAAACCUACUCCGCAUGUCCAGCAGACAAACCCAAAAUCUUGGUGUCGGAAGGUUACUCACCUGCCCUCGUCUCAUAGUCCCACUCUUUGUUCUGUCUUGAAUUGCCAUUCAGAAUGCCAGCCCGUACCUCAGCAGCAUGUGUACCAUCAUUUAGUGGCCACGCCUCAAGCUUCAUCAGGCCGGGCGAAAGAGAUGCAGUUUAAUCGCCCUCAUCAGAUGGGCACGGAUAGGGUGGUAUUCCCAGAUCACUGGAACCUACACUGCAGCACUGCAUGGGCGUCACAAGAGAAGAGGAUGCUAGAAAUGCCGGGAGAUUCUGAUACGUCUGUUCCUACCCAAAUUAGAGUGGUCAAACACUGCAACACAAGUGAUAGACAAGAAAGCACAAGCUCUAAUCUUAGACGCCAGAUGAGUGAAGAGUUCAGGACGGAGAUUGAAACUGAGCAAAGAGUUGUCACCUUCACAACACCUGAUUCAUUUCUACAACACAGCCCAAGACUGCUCUGCCCCAAUCACAGUAGAGAAGCCAUACCAAACCAGUCCCAGCACAAGGUGCCAGUCAGGGAAAACCAAUGCUGCGCUUUCAUACCCUUCAAUUCCGCCCUGAGAACAGAGUCUGUUGCUGCUCAAAGCAAUGUCAACUUCAUAGUAAGACUUAAUCAAUGAGUCUAUCGGAGCUCCAGCUUUCUUUUUUCAUUGUUCUUUUUUGACAACAUGCUGAGAAGAAUAAGUAAUGUUCGCUUGUUUUGGCAACAUUUUUGUUAUGAAUGAAGUUUGAUUCUUAUUUGGUCUUGAAAGUGUCUUUUCCCCAUUGUUAAAAACGUUUACAUUUUGCUUCUUGGU